AUGAAUCCAUCAACAAGUAAUAAUAACAAUAAUACUAAUACAGUUUUUUCACCUUAUCUACUUUCACGUUUUCAUCAACAUUUAAAUCAUCUUAAUGAUAUGGCAUUUACACAUACAAAAAUUUUACAAGAAAUUAUUGAAAAACGUUCAAAUGAACCAAUGACAUCAUCACCACGCGGAAGUAUUAGUUCAACAUCAUCAUCCGCAUCAUCAUCAACAACAAUUGGUUCAAUACAACAACAACAACAACAACAACAACGUAAACGUUCAUAUCCAUGUAAUGAUAAUCAUGAAAUUAAAAAUGAUAAUCAUUUAAAUAAACGUCCAAGAAAACAAUCUAAACCACAACAACUUCUUAAAAUUGAUAAUAAAAAUCCAAAUGAACAAUCAACAUCAUCAUCCGAUAAUGAAAAUGAUGAUGAAGAAGAAAUUGGUGAAAUAAAUGAAUCAAUUGAAAAACAAAAUACUCUUCCAAUUCCACCUCCACCAAUAUUACCAUUUAUACCAAAUAAUUUACCAUUUCUUACAUGUAUGCAAGAUUUAGCUCGUACAAAUAAUAUUUCAUCAUCAAUAACAAUGGGAAAAUUUCUUGAAAAUUUUCAAAAAGAACUUCUAUCAUCAACAUCUAUGGAACCAAAACGAAUAUUACCAUUACCUCCACCAAUAUUUUCUCAAACUGUACAUCAUCAUCAUCAUCCAUAUUUUUCUCAAAUACUUUUUAAUAAUUCAUUUAUAAAUCAUUUUCCAUCACCAACACCAUUAGCACGUUUUGGUCAUUCACCAUCAGAUCAUUCAACAUUUCCAUAUCAUAUAUCAACACCAAAAAAACGACGUACUAAAGUAACUGAUACACGUUUAUCACCUCGUAUUGCAUCAAAAAUUCCUUCGGAUGAUUUAACUGAUGAUGAAAAUAGUUCAUCACAUCAUUCAUCAGAUGAAAAUCCAACGAAAUCUGAACAACAAUCAAUAGAAUAUAAUGGAUUUCAAAUAACAAUAUUAACAUCACUUCAUUUACGUAAAGCAAAAUUAAUGUUCUUUUAUACGCGUUAUCCAAGUUCAUCAGUAUUAAAAGUUUAUUUUCCUGAUGUACGUUUUAAUAAAUUAAUAACAGCACAAUUGGUUAAAUGGUUUUCAAAUUUUCGAGAAUUUUUUUAUCAACAAAUUGAAAAAUAUGCUCGUCAAUGUUUAGCUGAAGGUAUUCGUUAUGUUGACGAUUUAAUUGUAACACCUAAUUCUGAUCUUUAUCGAAUUCUUAAUCUUCAUUAUAAUCGUUCAAAUCAAAUCAAUGUACCAAUAAGUUUUAGUAAUGCUGUUCAAGCAGCAUUAAGAGAAUUUUUUCUUGCUAUACAACAACAAAAAGAUCUUGAAUCAUCAUGGAAAAAAAGUAUUUAUAAAGUAAUGCAACGUUUGGAUGAUCAAAUACCUGAAUUUUUUAAAAAUGAUCAUUGGAUGCAUUCCAUGUGA